AUGUCGUUGACCAGGUGGCCCACCUUGGUGACAGGCAUCCAACUCCUUGUCAUUAGCCUUGCCUCGGUGAGCUCCAUGACCUUGGCCCUGGCCCCAAUGAUGGCUGUGGCCCCAGCCCCGAAUGCCACUGCUGAAGCCUCCACAGAAGCUGCCGUGGCCUCCCAUUCCAGGCCCUCUGUGCCCUCCUGCACAGGCAUCAUCUGCCAUUUGAUGUUUUCCACCAUGUGCUUAUUAAGGGAAGCCUGGAAGGAAUGCUGGUUUGUCCUGUGGAAUGGCAAGAAGGUCGGUGGCCUGGGUAUUCUGCAAUACCACCAGAAUGACCGUGACUCAAAGCCUUUGGGGAGUAUCGACCUGAAAUCCAGUGAGCAGGUGGAUAUAGAUGUGACCCAGAAGGAGCUGCAUGGGAGUUACAUGUUUGAUAUCAAGACCGGCGAGCGCGCCUUUUACCUGAUGGCUGAGACAUGGGAGGACUGGAACAAGUGGGCCCAGAGCAUCUCCCAGAUCUGUGGCUUCACGGAGGUUGAGAAGAGCACAGUCCGCUUCCAGAUAACAGGGCUUGAUUCUGCAGUAGAUCCUGUCCAGGUGAAAAAUGUCACCUUUGAACAUGUAAAAGGAGUGGAGGGAGGUAAACAAAAAUUACAGGAAGUUGUUGAAUUCUUGAAGAAUCCACAAAAGUUUAUUGUGCUUGCAGGUAAACUUCCAGAAGGGCCUGAAAGAAGAAGUGUGGAAAUUGAUAACAAAAACAAAAUCGUCACAGCAUAUCAUGAAUCUGGUCAUGCUAUUAUUGCAUAUUAUACAAAAGAUGCAAUGCCUAUCGAUAAAGCUACAAUUGUGCCACGAGGUUCAAUACUUGGAGAGAACGCUCUUUUCAAAGAACAUUCCCAGGCCUCCUACGUGACUGCAGUCACUGGAGACAUGGCUGUUUACUUCAGCUUCUGGGGUGCUGACCAGAUGGCUUUCCGUCAGGACUCAUUUGAACGAGCAAAACAUAUCUUGAAAACUCAUGCAAAAGAGCAUAAGAAUCUCACAGAAGCUUUAUUGACCUAUGAGACUUUGGAUGCCAAAGAGAUUCAAAUUGUUCUUGAGGGCAAGAAAUUGGAACAAUUCAGGACUGCUCUACAUUUGGCCUGUGCCAACGGCCAUUCAGAAGUGGUGACGCUCCUGGUGGACAGAAAAUGCCAGCUUAACAUGUGUGACAGCGAAAACAGGACAGCUCUGGUGAAGGCUGUACAAUGCCAGGAAGAGGAAUGUGCAACUAUUCUGCUAGAACAUGGUGCGGAUCCAAAUCUUACAGAUGUCCAUGGCAACACUGCUCUCCACUAUGCUGUCUAUAAUGAAAAUAUACCAAUAACGGCGAAACUGCUUUUACACAAUGCAAAUACUGAAGCAAAAAACAAGGGUUCUGACACCCCAGUCCUUGCACUGGCGCACUUUCGUUCACCGAUUUUGGCCGCUUGUGUGGGGCUCUGCGAGAUUGGAAACCGCGGAGUUUCCUUGCAGAAGGUUGUGGGCGCGCUGGGUUGGUUUACUAGUACUGGGACCCGGCGGCGGACAAAAGCUAACACCCGAGGGGAAAAUGAGGUGUCUUUGAAGCCAGUAGCCCCUGCCAUGAAGAAGAUUUUCAGUAAGAAGGGCGAGUCGCCCUUGGCCUCCUUCUCCAGCCGUCGGAGGACCGGCGCGGGUGUCGGCUGUGAGCAUGGCAACGGCGUCUACUCACAGCCGGGGUACCACGUCCGGGACAGAGACCUCGGGAAGAUCCACAAGGCCGCCAGCCUGGAGGAUGGAAGUUCUGAAGACUCUUUAAGCAGGCUUUCCGACAAACCGGGUAUUGAUGAUUCGUGGCCUACCUCAGAUGAUGAAGACUUGGAUUUUGACACCAAGAAUGUCCCAAAACCAAGUUUAACAAAGCUAAUGACUGCUUCUCAGCAAUCCAGGAAAAAUUUAGAAGCACAGUAUGGCACUGUGAGGAUGGAAAGUGCAAUCUUGACUGAGGACAGGAUUUCUGAGAGUCCAAAGGAAGAAGUGGUUGAAGGCCUUCCUUCCAGACCAGUCAAAGUCCAGGCCUUUGCUCAUCCUGCCUUUCCGUCACCUGGCCCUCGUCCUAAACCUUCCCUCACGGCUCUGGCAAACCGUGGUCUUACAGAGGAAGGAACAACAAAGCCAGCAACUGGAAAAAAAGAAAAUGGUGUCGGUAUUGAUAGUCCUCUAGCAGAGCAAACAGAUGACAAUUUGACUUUUGAUGGAGUGUGCAAAAACAAUAGAAGUGAUAUGAUGUCUGCAUUAGGAUUAGGACAAGAAGAAGAUAUAGAGUCACCUUGGGAUUCUGAGAGUAUUUCUGAGAAUCUUCCACAAAAGUAUGUUGAUCAUUUAUCUGGGGCUGCAGAUCAAAAAGAAGAAGAUACAGUAAAUGGACAAGUAGAAGAUGUGUUUUAUAUACCUUCUUGCAUGAGUGGAUCAAGAAACUUUAAGAUGGCUAAACUAGAGGAUACAAGAAAUGUAGACAUACCAGUAGCCCACAUGGAGUCUCCUAAGAAAUAUCCUCACUUGAAGCCUACCAUUGAAAUUGAAGAGUGUGUUCUGAACAAAGCAGUGGGAGUGAAGGACAAACACACAUACGGAUCAGCAGAACAUGACUUAGAAGAAGUGACAUCAGAGGAAGAGCAAGAAAGUCUUGAAGGAAGGGAAAAUAACGAGCCGCAAAAAAAGUCUCAAGAACCAGAAAUGGAUAAGGAUUGUGAUAGAGAGAAUGUAUCUGUAGAUUCAAGACUUCUUUCUGUGCAAAAGGAUGAGGAAAUGUGGAUCAAACAAGGCAAAUUAGAGUGGAAAAAUAAAUUGAAACUCAGCACAAAUGCGUUAAAGCCGAAGUGUGGUGAAAUUAGUGAAAAAUACAAAAUUCCCGCUUGUCCUGAGGAAGAGCCACUGCAUGGUAACGCUAAAGGAGAAGCAAACUUAAAGAAAAUGCCCUCUAAUUUGACAAAUCAUUUGCUCGAUUGUGAGGAAAAAGAUACUACUAUCUCUGUGGUAUUUCAGGCAUUUCUUGAACAAAAAGAACCUAGUCUGAAAAAUGGCUUUCCAUCUCCUUCAUACUCUGGGUCCCCGGAAUACUCUUGCCAGUCAUCUUCUAAGCUUUAUUUAAAUGACAAUAAAUUAGACAGUGAAAAUAAUAACAAAACAGACACUGAACAUGUUUUUAACACAAAUGAGGAGAAUUUUUGUAAUGAUACAAAAACUAAAAAAGUAAGGAACCCAGAAGUAGUUACAGUUGAAAUGAAAGAAGACCAAGAAUUUGAAAUACAAAUGACAGAAAGUAUGAACCAAAAUAGUGAUAAUCGCAGUGCUAAUAACUAUAAAAGCAUGGAACCUGAAUUACAGAAUGUGAGUUCUUCCCUGCCACAUAGCGACAGGACUUCAAAAGUGUAUCUAAAAGAAGAAUUACAGCAAGAUAUGCAAAGGUUUAAGAAUGAGAUAGGCAUGUUAAAAGUAGAAUUCCUGGCUUUGGAGAAAGAAAAAUUUCGACUUCAAAAAGAGGUUGAAGAAGAAAGGAAGAAGCACAAAAGUAAGGAAAUGGAAGUAUCAGAAAACCUAUACGAUGGUGCUGCUGCUGCUGCUGAUGGUGGAUUCAUUCAACAAAGAAAGAGUGGAAAAACUGACGAUCAGCAAUUUACUAGGAAGGAGAAGGAAAAGUGUGAUAGAUUUACCUUAAAACAAGAAGAAGAGAAGAAAAGAAAUGCUGAUAUGUUGUAUGAGAAAAAUAGGGAACAGUUAAGAAGAAAAGAAGAGCAAUAUAGGAAAGAAGUUGAAGCAAAACAACAACUUGAACUCACUCUCAGAACUCUAGAUAUGGAAUUGAGGACUGUAAGAAAUAAUUUGGAUCAGGUUUCUCAUAGUCAUGAAAACGAAGAAGACCUGUUGCAUAAAAAUCACAUGUUGCAGGAUGAAAUUGCCAUGCUAAGACUGGAAAUAGACACGAUAAAAAUUCAGAACCAGGAAAAGGAAAAGAAAUAUUUUGAGGAUAUUGAAAUUGUGAAAGAAAAGAAUGAUGACCUUCAAAAGACUAUAAAACUGAAUGAGGAAACAUUAACAAAAACAAUAUCCCAGUAUAGUGGACAACUUAGUGUUCUGACAGCUGAGAAUACAAUGCUGAAUUCUAAACUGGAAAAUGAAAAACAAACUAAGGAAAGACUGGAAACAGAAGUUGAAUCAUAUCGUUCUAGACUGGCUGCUGCUAUGCAUGAUUGUGAUCAAAGUCAGACAUCAAAAAGAGACCUAGAACUUGCUUUCCAGAGAGCAAGAGAGGAGUGGUUUCGAUUACAGGACAAAAUGAAUUUUGAUGUGUCUAACCUCAAAGAUAACAAUGAGAUUCUUUCUCAGCAACUUUCUAGAACUGAAAGCAAAUUCAAUAGCCUGGAAAUUGAGCUCCAUCACACAAGAGAUGCUCUCAGAGAAAAGACUUUGGUUUUAGAAGGUGUACAGAGAGACCUUAGCCAAACACAGAGUCAAAUGAAGGAAAUUGAACAAAUGUAUCAAAACGAACAAGGUAAAGUAAAUAAAUACAUUGGAAAGCAGGAAUCUGUAGAGGAGAGAUUAUCUCAACUACAGAGUGAAAAUAUGUUGCUUCGACAGCAACUGGAUGAUGCUCAGAACAAAGCUGAUAAUAAAGAAAAGACAGUAAUUAGUAUCCAGGACCAAUUUCAUGCUAUAGUAAAAAAACUUGAAGCUGAGAGUGAGAAGCAAAGUCUUCUGCUAGAAGAAAGAAAUAAAGAGUUAAUCAAUGAAUGUAAUCAUUUGAAAGAAAGACAGUAUCAAUAUGAAAAUGAGAAAGCAGAAAGAGAAGUAAGUAUCAAGAAAGAAAUAUUUUUCAGACUUCCUGAAAGAAAAUUUAGAUUGGAAGAAGCACGGGAUCAACACGCAGAGGCUGUAAGAUGUGCUGAGAGGACGCAGGAUCACAUGCAAAAGCUUGAAAAAGAAAAUUCCAAGUUAAAAGUUACAAUCAAAAAGCAAGCGGACAAAAUCGAGCGGCUUCAGAAAAACUUGUUAAGCGCAAGUUCUUGUGAGGAUGAAAAGGAAGAAUUAAAGAAACUUACUGAGUUAAAACAAUCUCUGGAGUAUAACUUGGAUCAAGAAGUGAAGAAAAAUGAUGAAUUAGAAAAAGAAUUAUCUGGAUUUAAGAACCUUUUAAAAAUGACAAGAAAGAAGUUAAAUGAAUAUGAAAAUGGAGACUUUAGUGUCUGUGGAGACUUAAAAACCAGUCGAUUUGAAACAGAUGUCCAGAUUAAUAAGCUAAAACACAAGAUUGAUGAUCUUACAGCAGAACUGGAAACUGCAUCUUCAAAAUGUCUACAUCUGGAUACAAAGAAUCAAACUCUUCGACAGGAGUUAUCAUCUAUGAAAACAAUACAGAAGAAAUGUGAAAAACUACAGAAGAAUAAAACGAAGUUGGAACAAGAAGUAGUAAACCUCAAAAGUCAUAUAGAAAUAAAUAUGGUAGAACUCGGUCAAGUAGAACAGUAUAAACGGGAGAUUGAAGAAAGAGCAAGACAGGAUAUAGUAGAAAAAUUAAAAGAAGUCAAUCUAUUUUUACAGACACAAGCAGCAUCUCAAGAAAACUUAGAGCAGUUAAGAGAGAAUCAUAUUGCUUCAAUAAGAAGUCAGAUGGAACUCAGAAUUAAAGAUUUAGAAUCUGAACUCUCCAAAAUGAAAACUUCUCAAGAAGACUUUAAUAAAAUGGAGUUGGAAAAAUACAAGCAACUCUAUCUAGAAGAACUAAAAUUUAGAAAAUCAUUGGCAACCAAACUAAACAAAACUAAUGAGAAGCUAGCAGAGGUCAGUACCAAACUGCUUGUGGAGAAACAGCAGACCAGAUCUUUAUUCACCACUCUUGCCACGAGGCCAGUCCUAGAGUCACCUUGUGUUGGAAAUCUUAAUAAUGGUUUAGUUCUCAACAGAAAACUUAUUCCAAGAGAAAACUUAGUGAUCCCUACCUCAAGCCCACGGACUUCAAAUAACAGCAUGGAGAACUACUUGACCAAGAUGCAGCAGGAGUUGGAAAAAAACAUAACUAGAGAACUAGAAGAAGCUGCUGCUGAAUUGGAAACUGAAUCCUAUAUAGCUUCCCCUGUAGGAUCUACUGAUGAAUCAAAUCUAAAUCAAGAUCUAGUUUGGAAAGCAUCACGAGAAUAUGUACAGAUUUUAAAGAAAAAUUAUAUGAUCUGA